AUGGAUAAGUCUUGGAUGCUUAUUGAAGACAGAUUGCAUUCCACUGAGUAUGAUGAAGGUGUUAGGCAAUUCUUAGCCAUGGCACAAGUUCAUGCAGUGACAACUGAUCAAAUUAGGUGUCCAUGUAGGAGAUGCCGGAAUAGAGCUUUUCACUCUAUUCGUAUUGUGGAAGAUCAUUUGUUUUUAAAAGGGAUUGAUCCAACCUAUACGGAAUGGAUUUUCCAUGGAGAAGAGGAUCCGAUCCUAAAUUCUACAUUCUCUGAUGAAGAAUUUGAUGAUGCAUCUUCUUAUAAUCACUACAUUGAUGAUGUCGACGAGAUGUUAAAUGACAUUCGUCAUGGGUCGUUUAUGGAUGAGGAAGGUAGCAAUGAAGGAAAUGCAAAUGAUAAUUAUCAACCCUCCACCUCAAAUGCUCCAACCAACUAUAAUUUCGACGAGUUGGUUGCUGACGCACGACAACCACUUUAUCCUGGAUGUGCUAAGUUCUCGAAGCUAUCAUUCAUCGUCAAGCUACUUCACAUCAAGAGCAUAGGUGGUUGGACAGUGAAGUCCUUUGACAUGGUGAUCAAGCUUUUGCAUGAUGCAUUUCCCGACGCUCUAUUUCCAGAUUCAUAUAACGAUGCUCGUAGCUUAGAGCGUGGCUUGGGCUUUAAUUAUGAAAAGAUACACGUGUGCCCAAAUGACUGUGUGUUGUUUUGGAAGGAAAAUGCAUCGUAUAAUGAAUGCCCUAAAUGUAAAGCAUCUAGGUGGAUUGCAAGCACAAGUGAGCAGUGGAUGAUACCACAAAAGGUUCUUCGAUACUUCCCCUUGAAGCCACGCUUGCAGAGGCUGUUCAUGUCAACGAACACAGCCCAAGCCAUGAGAUGGCAUAAAGAUGCACGUGUUGACGAUCCAACAUGCAUGCGACAUCCAGCAGAUUCAAGGGUAUGGAAAGACUUCAACAACAAACAUGUUGCCUUUUCCCAUGAUCCUCGCAAUGUUAGACUUGGGUUGGCGAGUGAUGGGUUUAACCCCUUCAAUAAUAUGAGUAGGCCGUACAGUAUUUGGCCGGUACUACUUGUGCCCUACAACUUGCCCCCUUGGUUAUGCAUGAAAGAUCCAUACACCAUGUUGUCGUUGCUAAUCCCUGGCCCUAAGUCACCAGGGAAUGAUAUUGAUGUGUUCUUGCGUCCUCUUGUUGAUGAGUUGAAGGAAUUAUGGGAAGAUGGUAUUCGGACGUUUGAUGCGUACAGUAGACAAAUGUUUAGCUUGCAUGCAGCACUACUUUGGACUAUCAAUGACUUUCCCGCAUACGCCAAUCUUUCUGGGUGGAGCACGAAGGGCAAGUUGGCUUGUCCUUCAUGUAGAUCUGACACAAAUUCACAGUGGUUGGUAUAUGGGCGAAAGCACUGCUAUAUGGGGCAUCGACGGUGGUUGCCACCAAAUCACAGUUGGAGACGGAAAAAGAACUCUUUUAACGGGUGCGAAGAGCAUGGACUCCAACCAUCAAGGGUCGAGGGAGAGGAUUUGCUAGAACAAUUACGUGAAGUUGCACAUUUCCAGUUUGGCAAAUCUACUUCGAAGAGGAAACGAACGCCGAAUCAACUAAAUUGGACCAAAAAAUCUAUCUUCUUUGAGCUACCCUACUGGUUAGAUUUGGGCUUGAGACAUAACCUUGAUGUCAUGCAUAUUGAGAAAAACAUAUGCGAUAGCGUGUUGGGAACAUUGCUGAAUAUUGAAGGAAAAACUAAGGACUCCGCCAAUGCCCGUCGUGAUUUGGCAAACCUUGGAAUAAGGAAAGAAUUGCAUUUACAACAUAAUGGGGACCAUAUGACUAUGAGUCUUGGUUGUUACAUGUUAAACUUAAAUGAGCGAAAGAUUUUCUGUGAUUGGUUAUCAAAAGUGAAAUUUCCUGAUGGUUUUGCAUCGAACAUUGCCCGUUGUGUGAAUGCUACUGAAGGGAAGAUCAGUGGAAUGAAAAGCCAUGACUGUCAUGUCUUCGUGCAAGCACUGUUGCCGGUUGUGAUUGGUGGGUUCUUACGGUCUGAUGUGCGUCAAGCCUUAAUAGAUUGA